AUGAGUAAGGAGAAAAUAAUUUUUUUAAUAAAGAAUAUACAGAUAAUAAAUUAUAAAGAGAAGCAUGUGCUAAAUCAUGUAAGUAAUUUAUUAAAAAAAUUUAUAAAUGAACUAACUAUUGAUGAUAUAUAUUUGGUUUUACACACCUUUUGCAAACUGAAUUUUACAAAAUAUUCCCUAUACAACAGUUUUGUAAAAAUUAUUAUGAAUAAGAAGCCUUCAAUGAAUACAAGGAUAUUAACACAGCUACUAAUAGAUCUUCAUAAAACGGCAUCCCUAGACAUAAAUAUGUUAACCUUUUUUACUGAGUAUUAUAUAAAAGAUGCACUAAACAAAUUUUCCUUAUUUGAUUUAUCAAUGAUCUUGUUUAUCUACAACAAAUAUAAUUACAACGACUCCGAAACAGUUCGCCAAAUAUGCCAAGUUCUUAACUCGUGUUUUAUGCCCAUAAUCGAUCAGGACAAGGGGGUACUAACUACAAUAUUGCUAAGCUUAUCCAUGCUAAAUCUGAAUUAUGGAAUGUAUUUUAAUUUGAUAAAAGAACAUGUAUAUAAUAAUUAUGAACAGUUUGAAAUUAAAUAUUUGUGCAAUAUUUCUUAUUCUAUUGCCUUAUGGAUUGCCACUAAUUCAUUAAGAGAUGAAAUACUGAAUGAUGUAUUAAAGACUAUAGUAAGUUUGUUGUUAAGUAAUAUAAGUAAACUUAAAAAUGAGGAACUGAAGCAGGUACACAUAGUGUUAUAUCUUUUGAAGAACAUGGGGGAAAACUGCCAAGACGCUAUAAACAAAAUUGAAAAGAAAAAUAUUAGAAAUAUUAUUACGGUUUCAAAGAUACAGCAGCAGGUUGAGAAGAUUUUCAAAGAAAUAGGAUUACGUGCUGAGAGGGAACUACCUGUAGGUCCUUAUAUGCUGGAUUUUGCCAUAAAAAAAAAGAGGAUUUGUAUUGAGAUUAACGGAUUCAUGCAUUAUUACACUUUUGGAGGAAAAAUAAAUACCAAAAGUUCCCUUAAGUACUAUAUUUUAAAUAAGCUUAACUGGAAAGUUAUUACAAUCGAAUACAUGGACUGGAAAAACAAGUCAAAGGAGGACAAAAUAAAAUACUUAGAGACAAAUAUACUACACGAAAUAAAAUGA